GGCGCGAAGUUUUGACGUAGGUGUUUCCGCGCUCUACUCGUAUUGGGAAUAGUGGCGCAUUCUGAGUGUUUAAGGGCUUUGAGAAAGAAACCAUGUCGUUUAGCUUUGGACAAACUACUAGUGGGGGCGGGUUUACCUUCGGAGCCCCUAAAACCACAGCGUCAGUCAGCGCAGCCCCCAACUUCUCCCUGCAGACGAGCAAUCCGGCCCCAGGAGGAGGAGGAUUCACAUUUGGAGCACCGCCUGCGCAACAACAACAACAACAACAACAACAACAACAACAGCAGUCGCAGCAGCAGCAACAACUUCAACUACAACAACAGCAGCAGCAGCAGCAGCAGUCUCAGGUUCCAGCGGGAACGUCUCAGAUCGCAGGGCUUCUCGCACAGAGCACGACGAGCACUGGAGCUUCACAAGGUGGAUUCAGCUUUGGGGCAGCAUCACAGAACAGCACUGCUGGUGGGGGCUUUAAUUUUAGCAGCGCUUCAAAACUAAGUCUUGGCCUGACUCCAGCCUCUCAGCCGGCUGCUACAACAGCUACCUUAGCAGGCCUGAUGACAUCCACCACGUCCUCAAGUGGUGCAGGCUUCACAUUCGGAGCCGUUGCAACUCAGCCUGCAGCUCCAACCCAGCAGUCUACGGUAGGAUUCAGCUUUCCCGGGGCCAAGAUUCAGGCUCCUGCUGCAACUUCAGCACAGAGCACUCCUUCCUUUUCACUGGGAGCACAAAGCACAGGUCUCAGUCUGGCAGCUGGUGCUACAGGUUUUGGAGCCUCCCCUACAGGGUUCAACUUUGGGAUCAAGCCUGCAGCUACUCCGACUCCUGCCAGUACUGUUGCUGCUGCUGCUGCUCCUUGCCAGCCUGCCGCUGUAUCUUCUCUGUUUGCCUCCCCUAUUCCCCCUCCUGGUUCCACAGGCUUCUGCUUGGGUGCCAUACCAAGUGCCCUACCAGCAGCAUCCUCUGCGGCUACCUCCUCCACCGGCCUGACGCUCAAACCACUAGCUACUGCUGCCGCCACCACCACGACCAUCGCUGCGACCACAGCAGCAGUAGCUGCUGCUCUUCCCACAGCUGCCACCACAAGUUUUUCCCUGGCCUUAAAACCUGCUGUCUCUGCUGCACCAGCCACUUCUAUAGCCGUGUCCGCUGCUACAGUUAUUGCCAGUGCUGCACCAGUGAUGUCAUAUGCCCAGCUCGAGUCCUUAAUCAACAAGUGGAGCUCAGAGCUGGAGGACCAAGAGAGAGACUUCUUGCAGCAAGCCACCCAGGUUAACGCCUGGGACCGUAUGCUGGUGGAGAAUGGAGAAAAGAUUACAUCCCUGCACAAGGAUAUGGAGAAGGUUAAACUGGACCAAAGAAGGCUGGAUCAGGAGUUAGACUUCAUUCUGUCUCAGCAAAAAGAGCUGGAGGAUCUUCUCACUCCCUUGGAGGAGUCGGUGAAAGAGCAAAGUGGAACCAUCUAUAUGCAGAAUGCCGAUGAGGAGCGGGAGAGAACGUAUAAACUGGCAGAAAAUGUUGAUGCUCAGCUAAAGAGAAUGUCCCAAGAUCUGAAGGAGAUCAUUGAGCAUCUCAAUACAUCCAACGGGAUGGCUGACACAAGUGACCCGCUCCAGCAGAUCUGCAAAAUCCUCAACGCACAUAUGGACUCCCUGCAGUGGGUCGAGCAAAACUCUGUUUUGCUCCAGAGGCGUGUGGAAGAGGUGUCCAAACUGUGCGAGAGCCGCAGUAAGGAGCAGGAGAAAAGUUUUCGUCUAAGUUUUCAGUGAUUGACAAUAAAACAUGACAGUGUAUUGUAAAUGAACCCUAUUGUUUUUGUUAAUUCUGUUUAAAUAAAAAUGUGUACUUCUUA